AUGAACAAGCCAGAUGAAUUCUUGAUUCCCAAGUCAGGUGCUGUUUUCACAUUCGGAAAAAGCAGUUUUGCAGAAAACAUUCCUAGCAAGUUCUGGUUCAAAAAUGACAAACCUGUACACAUAUCAUGUGGAGAUGAGCACACUGCUAUUGUUACAGGAAAUGGUAAACUCUACAUGUUUGGCAGUAACAACUGGGGCCAAUUAGGACUAGGAUCAAAGAAUACUGUCAGCAAACCAACAUGUGUUAAAGCUUUAAAACCAGAAAAAACGAAACUUGCUGCUUGUGGAAGAAACCACACUUUAGUUUACACAGAAAAAGGAAAUGUAUAUGCUGCUGGAGGUAACAGUGAAGGUCAGCUGGGAUUAGGUGACACAGAGGAAAGGACCACAUUUCAUUUAAUUAGCUUUUUUACCAACCAGCACAAGAUCAAACAGCUAGCAGCUGGAUCAUACACCUCAGCAGCAAUAACUGAGGAUGGACAGCUUUUUAUGUGGGGUGACAAUUCGGAAGGUCAGAUUGGCUUGGCUAAUGAAGCCAGUGUCUGUGUCCCUUGUCAAGUGGUUGUUGGAAAACCUGUUUCCUCAGUAUCCUGUGGAUAUUAUCACUCUGCCUUGAUAACAGGAGAUGGUGAACUCUAUACUUUCGGAGAACCUGAAAAUGGGAAACUGGGAUUGUUGCCUGAACAGCUGAAGAACAGCAGAGUCCCACAGCCGGUACCAGGAAUUAUGGAAAAAGUUAAUAAAGUUGCUUGUGGUGGAGGACACACCGUGGUGCUUACAGAGAGAGAUGUAUAUACUUUUGGACUGGGACAGUAUGGACAACUGGGACAUGGAACUUUUAUUUUUGAAACUUCUGUACCAAAGUCUGUGGAACACUUGAGGAGGCAUAAAAUACUCAGCAUUGCAUGUGGGGAAAAUCAUACUGCUGUAAUAGCAGAGAAUGGCCUCAUGUUUACCUUUGGAGACGGGCGACAUGGCAAGUUAGGACUUGGAGAGGAGAAUUUUGUAAACCAGUUUAAACCCAUUCUAUGUUCUAACUUUCUGAGAUUCACAGUCCUUUUGGUUGCUUGUGGUGGUUGUCACAUGCUAGUUUUUGCUGCUCCAAGGCCUAAAGGAUCUGAAGAAAUACUCAUAGAAGAUGUGCAAAACUGUCUGACUGCUACUACCUCUGGAAUGAGCAUAGUGUCAUCAGCAACAGGCACUUUACAAAAAACAUUAUCAGCACGAAUGCGACGUCGAGCAAAGGAAAGAUCACCAGAACAGUUCCUAAGAAUGAUACAAACCCUCCCUCCACUGGGAGGAAACUUUUUAAAGUCUUCAUUGCAUGUGACUAGCAACACCAGCCUACCCUAUUUUUCUGCAACAGAUCUUCCUGAAGUUAAGCCUAUGGAGUUGGACCAUGAAACAGAAAAGAAUCAUCAAAAAGAUAAACCCCGUGAAGGCUCUGAAGAAGAUUCAGAUGAUGAAAGUAAUCACAGAAACCUUGGAGAUACAUCUGACAUCCUAAAUGUGACACAUGUGAUGAAAUUGAAUCCCAGUGACCAAUCCUUAAAAUUAUCACCAAUCCAAAAACAAAAGAAGAACAAUAAAAAUGUGAAACUGAAAAGAGAUGGUAAGGGUGGGAUGAAAACUGUUGAUUCCCAUUUCACGCAGGAGAGUUCAAAAUCAGACUCUGGCGCUUUACGAAAGCAGUCUUCACUUUCAGAGUCAUUGGAGCAAUAUGCAGACUUAGAAAAAAGCAGUGCCUUUGUAGGGAAGCCCAUGACUUACAAAAAGAACAUGAAAGGUAAAUAUGACCAGGCACAAAAUGGUACUUUGAAAAGUGGUCAUUCUUCCAAUAAAAAGUCAAAAGUUGUUAAAUCUAAGCACACCCUUAAAACAGCCAUACUUCCUUCUGUAUGCAGUGAUAAACCCCAGACUCGCUCAUUAGUUGUACAGAAAUACAGUCCUGUUACAAAGCCAGAAAGUAGAAAAGCAGUAGAGUGUGAAAACAAAACAAAGGAUAGAAUCGAAAAAGCUGAUAAAUACGAAAGAUUGUAUGUCAGAGAGGAAGAAGGUAAUGAAGAACAGAGUGAGUAUAAGAAAAAGGAUCCAUUUCUAAAACAAAUAGCUGUAACUAUGUCAUCAUCUUCAAGUGAGGAAAGCAAUAAUGAACAUAGAAAAUACAUGCUUAAGAGUGGGGAUAAGAAGGAGGACUACUGUAAAGGCAAGGAUACCCAGAAAGCAACAAAAGCAGUGGAAAAUGUGAAAGAUGUGGAUUUACAAGAAGAAGGUAGUGAGACUGAAGAGAAGAAAGCCACAAAUAAUGAAAAAGAAUAUGCAGAAGAGGCUGAUAUAAAAAGUCUGAAUGAGGAAGAAACAAAUUCUGAAGUUAAAUCUGAUGAAGGCAGACAGGUUGAAGUUAAGAAUGAGGAGGAAACUAAUCAAGAGGAAGAGAGUGAAGACAGUGAAAAGUCUGAAAGUGAAAAAGAAAAACUGGAUGAAAAAGUUGACAGUGAAAUUGAACUAGGGGAGGAAGAAGGAGAGAAAGAGGCAGAAGAGAAUCAUCAAGAAGGAUAUGGCAAGGAGCAAGGAGAUGAAGAAGGCAGGUUUAUAGAGGAAGAAGAAAUACUGAAUCAAGGAGAAGAGGAUUUUGAGGAGGAGGAGAAUGCAGAAGAGGAACAAAGGGAAAAAGAAAAGGAGGAACAGGUUAGAAGUGAUGGAAGGGAUGAGAGUGAGAAAGGAAAAGAAGACCAAGAGCAGGUGGAAGAAAAAGAGGCAGAGGAUGCAAGUGAGGACGGAGGAGAGGAAAGAGAGCAGUUGGAAGAAAAAGAGGCAGAGGAUGAGAGUGAGGAAGGAAGAGAGGAAAGAGAGCAGGAGGAAGAAAAAGAGGCAGAAGAUGAGAGUGAGGAAGGAAGAGAAGACAAAGAGAGGGAGGAAAUAAAAGAGGCAGGAGCAGAGCAGGAGUCAGAAGGUGAGAAGGAAAAUGAAGAAGAAAGGAAAGAAAGAGAGAAUGAAGGAGGCAAAGCAGGUGAAGAGGAAGAUGGAAUGGAAGAGGAAAGAGAGGAAGAUAGGCAGGAUGAAAUGGAAGAGGAAGGAGAAGAAGCAGAGGAGAAAGAGGAAGGAAUAGAGAUAGAAACAGAAGGUGUGGAGGGGGAAGAAGAAGAUGAAAACAGGGCUGAAGAGAAGAGGGAAGAUAAAGAAGGAAAAGAUGGAGAAGAGAGAGAAGGGGAGGAAGCAGGAGGAGAAGAGGAAGUGGAGGAUGAAGGGGGGGAGGGAGAGGAGGAAGAAGAAGGAAAAGACAGAGAGGAGGUAGAAGCAGAAGAAGAGGAAGAGGGAGAGGAGGAAGAAGAGGGAGAGGAGGAGGAAGAAGAGGGAGAGGAGGAGGAAGAAGAGGGAGAGGAGGAGGAGGAAGAAGAGGAGGAGGAGGAGGAAGAAGAGGAGGAGGAGGAAGAAGAGGAAGAGGAGGAGGAAGAGGGAGAUGAGGAAGAGGGAGAAGAAGAGGAAGGAGAAGAAGAAGGAGAGGAAGAAGAGGGAGAAGAAGAGGAAGAAGGAGAGGAAGAAGAGGGAGAAGAAGAGGAAGAAGAAGGAGAGGAAGAAGAGGAAGAUGAAGAAGAGGAAAAGGAGGAUGAAGAAGAAGAAAAAAAGGAAGAGGAAGAAGAAGAAGAGAAAAAGGGAGAAGAGGAAGAAGAGGAGGAGGAGGAGGAGGAAAAAUCAAAGCAUAAAAAACAGGUUGCUAGUAAUAAGCUUACACAAAAGAAAAGCCAAAACAGCAGGAAGCCAAAGACAGAAAGUACUGCUGUACCAAACAGCGCGAAACAAAAAAUGAAGUCCAAACACUGUGUAGCUAAUGGAUUACAUAAUUCAGAGCAAUUUUGGAACAAUGUGUUACCCCAUUAUUUAACAUUGAAGUAGCAUAGACUAAUGGAGAUACAUUUUAAGCC